AUGACGAGGGCUACCAUAAAGUCGGGGACAAUCAACAUUCUCAACACCGUUAUCGGCGCGGGAAUACUCGCAAUGCCCUAUGGCCUACGCCAGAAUGGUCUAUUGUUUGGAUGUAUAUUGAUUAUAUGGUCUGCAUGUACGUCGUCCUUUGUCUUCGAUUCUGCGAUCCUGAUCAAGUGUUUUGGAGUUGGAGUAUCGUACUUGGUGGUCAUUGGAGACUUGAUGCCAAAGAUUAUGGAAAGUUUGAAAACUGUAGACGCCGACUCUAUCUUGAUGAACAGAAACUUUUGGAUCACCGUGUUUAUGUGGGUAGUGGUUGCACCAUUGUCAUACUUGAAAAAAUUGAGUAGCUUGCGGUACACGAGCGUCUUGGCAUUGUUUUCUGUUGCAUACUUGAUCUUUUUGGUAAUUGGAAACUAUAUUGCUAAGCUGAGACACGGUAUCCUUAUACCUGCUGAAAAGAUUGAGUGGUAUGGACCCUUGAGCUGGGGACGAACCUUGGGCUCUUUCCCCAUGUUUGUCUUUUCCUACACCUGUCACCAGAACAUGUUUGCCAUAAUAAACGAGUUACAACCAGAUGCCAAGGAUGGAUCGCAGACACGGCAGUCGAACUUUAUUAUAUGGAAUGCCUUACUCACAGCGCUGGUCAGCUACUUGCUUGUAGCUGUAUUUGGAUACUUGACAUUUGGCGAUGAAGUGGAUGCUGAUAUCAUCACUAUGUACCCUUCGGGAUCUGUCAGCACGCUAGUAGGAAACUUGUCUAUUGUUGUUAUGUCGAGUUUAUCCUUUCCCUUGCAGUGUCACCCCUGCAGAGGUUCUAUAAACCAUGUCAUUUAUUUUAUCAAGAAAGGAGUGGAAUCUACUAGGUUGAGACACAGCGUUGCCAAGACUAACCAAUAUGGGUCCGUCAAUAGCAGCAGCCGUUCCUCGAUGUAUUCCGAUGCUGAGAGUUUGAAUUCAGAUGCUGUGCCCAGCUUGUUAGAGGAAUCAUUUAUUUCUACAACGCCUGUGGAAGGCGCGCACGAUACUCUUGGCCACGCUCCCAUUAAUGUCCCAUUAACCAGCCGCAGGUUCUAUACCAUAACAACUGUUAUCGUCGUGCUCAGCUAUGUGGUGGCGUUGUCUGUUACUUCACUCGCCAAAGUGUUGGCAUUCGUUGGAAGCACAGGGUCCACGUCCAUUGCCUUUAUUCUACCUGGAUUGUUCGGGUACAUCUUGAUCACGCCAUUGGAGCCGCGUACAAAGUUGACCAAAUUAGAGGCAUUUUGUAAAUACGGUGGAUUGGUAUUGGCCGAGCUCCUCAACGAUAUAACUCUUAAUAACCCGCCAGAGGAUUCAAUUGAGGAUCUCUCGUUUUCCCCACAACAGGAUCUUUUGGCAGUAGCGAGCUGGGACAAGAAGGUGAGGAUCUAUGAGAUCGACACAAACACAGGCAACAACCAGGGCAAGGCGAUGUAUGAACAUAACGCGCCUGUAUUUUCGUCCCGAUGGUCAUCGGAUGGUACAAAGGUGGUUAGUGGUGGAGCAGAUAACCAAGUGAAAAUUUUUGACCUUACCUCGCAACAACAACAACAAAUUGGACAACAUGAUGCUCCAGUCAGGUCUGUGCGCUAUGUCGAAUGCGGUCCGUCAAAUACACCAGUAGUAGCGAGUGGGUCGUGGGAUAAAACGUUGAAAUAUUGGGAUAUGAGGACGCCGAAUCCCGUUAGCACAAUUUCGUUACCCGAGAGAUGCUACGCCAUGGACUCAGCUCAGAAAUUGUUGGUUGUUGGCUGUGCCGAGAGACAUAUUAGUAUAAUUGACUUGAACAACCCACAGCAAGUAUUCAAAACAAGUCAGUCGCCCUUGAAAUGGCAAACACGUACUGUUGCGUGCUACCCCCAGGCAAACGGAUUUGCUAUAGGUUCUAUUGAGGGCCGGUGCGCAAUUCAAUAUAUCACUGAAAGUGAGCAAAAGAAGUUUGGUUUUUCUUUCAAGUGUCAUAGAAAGGGGGGUACGGGCAGUGCAAGCGGUGGUAGUGCUAGUGGUGGUACUGGUGCUCGCGCAAAUGAGUCCCAAGCAUACCCAGUCAAUGCAAUCUCUUUCCAUCCAAUAUUUGGCACUUUCAGUACCGCAGGCUCCGACGGCACUUUUUGCUUUUGGGACAAGGACGCGAAACAGAGGCUAAAGCUGUUUCCUGAGUUACCGGGAAGCAUUCUGGCGACCGCUUUUAACAAAAAUGGUUCUAUUUUUGCAUAUGUCGUUAGUUACGACUGGUCCUUAGGGUAUAUGGGGAACAGGCCAGACUACCCUAACUUUGUGAAACUACAUGCGACGAAGGAAGUAGAAAUUAAGCAAAAGAAUAAGAGGUAA